CGUUACUUCAGUGACCAAGAAUUAUAUCGUUUGCAAGUUAAUACUGUCCAAUUGCUCAUUCGAAUGUUAAUUAUUGCUACCGAAUCAUCGUGCCUACUCGAUCCCUAAUUAGCUAGAAUAGCAAGAUUAUACGGAAUACAUAGCAAAUGAAAUGGGAUCUAACUUGAUGUCACAACCUGUUUGUAGGUGUAUGGAUGCAAACAAGGGCCAACUUUGGUGAGUGAAUCUAAUCAAAGAAUGGAGAAGGAACAGCACACCGCUGUAGUCUUCAACUUUUCGAAAAGAGAGCUGUUUACUACGAACAAUGGAUACAAAUCCAUGCAGAAAAGACUAAGAGCUCAAUGGAAAAUACAAAGUAUGAAGGAUGAGCUGUCUUUGGAGAAACUGAAGGGUGUCAAGUUGUGGAUAACUGCAGGCCCAAGGGAGAAGUUCACGGCAUCAGAGCUGGAGGUGCUGAAGCACUACCUGGACGGAGGAGGAAAUGUCCUGGUCAUGCUCGGUGAAGGAGGAGAAAUGAAAUAUGACACCAAUAUUAACUUUCUCUUGGAGGAGUUUGGAAUAAUGGUCAACAAUGAUGCUGUUGUGAGGAAUGUGUAUUACAAAUACUUCCAUCCCAAGGAGGCACUUGUGUCCAAUGGUGUAUUGAACAGAGAGAUUAGUCGGGCUGCUGGUAAAGUAGUCACAGGAAUCAUUGAAGAUGAAAAUGUUGGAAACAAUGCACAGGCUCUCACAUUUGUGUACCCGUAUGGUGCCACACUGAGUGUGAUGAAGCCUGCUGUGGCUGUUCUUUCGACUGGCUCAGUCUGCUUCCCCCUCAACAGGCCUGUCCUGGCCUUCCAUCAAGGAAAGGAUGCUGGCAAACUGGUAGUGUUGGGUUCCUGCCACAUGUUCAGUGACCAAUACAUAGACAAAGAGGAGAACAGUAAAAUCAUGGAUGUUGUGCUCCAGUGGCUCAUGACUGAUAAUAUUCAGCUCAAUCAGAUUGAUGCAGAAGACCCAGAGAUUGCAGAUUACACCAUGUUGCCAGACACCGGGUGCUUGUCUGAACAACUCAGAGUGUGCUUACAAGAGGGUGAUGAAAACCCCAGGGACUUCACCUCUCUCUUUGAUAUGUCUUUGUUCAAUUUGUCAACCGACACCUUACCCCAAGUUAUCAGUGCUUACAAGCAGCUUAAUGUCAAAAAUGAGCCACUUCAGCUGAUCACACCACAGUUUGAGACCCCUCUGCCUCAGCUUCAGCCUGCUGUCUUUCCACCAGCCUUAAGCGAUUUGCCUCCACCCAUGCUGGACCUGUUCGAUCUAGAUGAAACCUUCUCUUCUGAGAAAGUGCGACUAGCACAGCUCACCAAUAAAUGUACAGACGAUGACCUAGAAUUCUAUGUGCGGAAAUGUGGUGAAAUUCUGGGGGUGACACCAAAGUUGGAUAAAGAUCAGAGAGAUGCCAAGCACAUCUUGGAACAUGUUUUCUUCCAGGUUGUAGAGUUCAAGAAACUUAAUCAGGAACAUGAUGUCGACACAGAGGCACGAUUCACUCCGUUAUGAUUUGAUUCAUGAAACAUGAUUUUCAACACAGUGUACCGAGCAGAUGAGUAUAUUUUUUAGUAAAAGAGGUAAAUGGACUGGUCAUGUAGUUGGGGACAACAUGGUACCAUGUGGAUUAGGAGCUGUAUACAAGUUAUUUAUAUCUGUUGUAUUCCAUUUUGGAAAGAAAUAGUAAUACACUAUAAUACACUUAAAUAAAAUGAUACUUUUAUUAUUGAAAUCUUUGUUAAAGACAUUGAGCUCUCUGCAUUCAUCCUCACAUGUGGGUCCUGUGAAACAAAAUGAAGAGCUAGAACAUGAUGUGCAGAUCUUGCCAGAGCAUACAAUGAAUGUUAUUGUUAACUAAACUGAACAUCAUAGUUUCACAUGUACAUCCAGAGUUUCUAAAUACAUGUCAGUUUAUCCAUGAUGCAUGGCGGGUGCAAAGGCUGGAAACUCCAUGCUUCUUCCCUCCAAACCUCGAAAUUUCUCCAUGUUAAGGGUUGUAUAGAGGAACAUUUUUGGCCACGUCAGGGAGAAACUUCAGCAACUGAAUGCUGUGUAGUCGAGGGUUUUGGACUUGAUGUUUGCUCCAGAGCGCUGGACUCCAUGUUGGGUUUGGGGCUGUUGCUCUCUGGUUUAAUCAAAGACACAUCCCAUGACAUUUGAAAAGCGGGGAGAUCACAGUACAGCUGGUCAAAACAAGCAGCAUUUUUUUGCUUUUGAAGGAGCAUGAAGGGAGUGGAGGACUUUCCCUGUAAAGGCACAGCAAGGUGACAAUUGCUCGCCUCUUGAAUGUUUAAGCUGCUCAUCGAAAAGGCCUGAGAGGGAGAAAUGGCGUCUGAUGACAGGCAGAGAGAAGCCAGGAUGGACUGCUUGGCGUCAGAUCCAUCAGCCACUGUGUCAUUUGACGCUCUUGUGGUGGACAGUUGUUCCAGUGACAGGGCAGACAGCAAACUCUGUUCCUCAAAAAACUUUCUGUCAAGCUCCGAUGGAGACGAAAACUCAAAGCUUUUCAUAUCUGGGAGGUAAAAUGUUUGAUACCACUUGGAAUUAGAUCAUUUGAUAAGACUUAAAUGAAUAAAUCCAUCUUGAGAAUAAAAACUGUUUUCUUACCUUUAAUAACAAAUGCGUUCUCCAUUGUUUCCUUUGGGUCUGUGAGUGUUGGCUGAACUCCAGGUGGGUUUUAAACUGCUGAAGCUGCUUGUUAAUUGACCCAGCUGGAGGGUGAGCAGGUCAUCAGAGGAGAGGAGGAGUGGAAGCAUUCAGCCUGGUAUAGGAGCAGACACAUUUUGUUUGUGAUUACUUUUUGUUUUUCAUAUAUUUUUGUAACAUUUUAAAUAAAAUGCUAUUUGGAUUAUGUUUAUUGUGCUUAAUAAAUGUU